GAUGAAGAUGAGAUAGAUGCAAGUAUUCGGGAAGUGAACAAAAUACUGGGACCCCUACCUGUCGUCAAUGGGGCAAUGAAUACAGGUGAAAUGUCAAUUACCAUGGAAACGCGUUCUUUGCUAAGCAUCGAGCACAGAUAUUUAAAUCCCGAAAAUGAGAUGCGAAGAAUAUUUGGAUCACAAGUUGUGAGGGCAGAACAAAGACGAAAAGAACGAAGAAAGAAUGCAAAUAAAUCUGGGUGGUUAGUUUCACCAAGACCUAACUGGGCUCAUAUAGGAAAAACAGGUUUAUCCAUGUCACUGGCAGACAAUAAAGAUGGAUACCAGUAUUUUCAUUUUGAACAUUCUAAAGAUUAUCAGAAAGUUGAAUUCCAAUUUCUUGAUGCAGUUGAGUCACACAAUCCAGCUAACCUAAUUUCUUUGGUGAAUUUACAUCCAUAUCAUAUCAACAGUUUACUACAGCUAAGUGAAGUGUGUAAGAUGUCAGAAGACAUACAAAUGGCUACUGAACUAAUAGAAAAAGCUUUAUACUGUAUGGAAAGUAGCUUUCACACCCUAUUCAACAUAGCCCAAGGCAGUUGUCGCUUAGACUACAGGAGACCUGAGAACCGAGCAUUGUACCUUGCCCUCUUCCGCCACCUGGUGUACGUGGGGAAUAAAGGCUGCUACAGGACUGCCCUAGAAUUAUGCAAGCUUGUGCUUAGUUUUGAUCCAAAUGGAGAUCCGAUGUGUGUGUUAUUAAUGAUGGACUUUUAUGCAAUACGAUCAGAGCAAUAUCAGUACCUGAUAAGAUUAUUCAAUGAGUGGGAGUCCCACAAGAACCUAUCACAACUACCAAAUUUUGCCUUUUCAGUCGCUUUAGCACAUUUCCAUAGCAAUGAAGAUGGAGGGAAGAAAGCCAAUGUGUUACUACAAGAGGCCUUGAUAAUGUUCCCAUCUGUUCUUCUUAGUUUGUUAGAUAAGUGUUCAGUUCAACCUGACUCGGUGGUAGCUAACCAUCCAUUUUUUUCACCUUCAAAGAAUGCAAGUCAACCUGUUGCUUUGAAUCAACUGGUGGCGCUCUUCAUUGCAAGGAAUUUCUCAUCAUGGAAGCAACCUGAGGUGAUGGAAUGGCUUGAGCGAAACGUUCAAGAAGUCGUCAAGCGUGUAGACAACAACGACCCGUUGGUGCAAAACUACAAGAAAAAGAGGUUGUCUCGUUAUCAGAAAGCGCCUAAAAACAUCAACCGACACUUGAUACUGUCUGAGAUAAAGGAGGCCCUCGUGGGACUUCCUACAGCGCUCUCAAACACACCAAUAAUGUCUUAUGACCCGCUCCCUCCCAAAGAUUCAAUAGUGAGCUACACGAGACCCCCACGGCAGCCUAGAAGACAGCAGCAGAAUCAGUCUGGUGCACUAGCCUCAUUCUUUGAGUCACUUCUACCAAGCUACACUCCUGAUGCUGGUGGUGGUAUCAACAAUAAUCGUGAAGGGGGAAUGGGUGCCGAAGGAGGCUAUAUGCCUGAGCAUGCAAACCUUCGGGAAGGUGUCGGUGCCUUGAUGAAUGCCGUGAGGGAUCUCUUAGCCAAUAUUCAGGCAGUCCCACCGGAAGAAGAGAAUGGGGAACUUGAAGAAGUUGAUUGACCAUGGCUACAACAGAGUAUGGUGUGAGAUAUGGUAUAUGGCAUACAUGGAAAGGGUAUGGCAUAUAUGAAGAUGCUAAAUAUGCCUUGGUAUAUAAAUGACAGACAUAAAGAAAGACAUGGACAUACUAGAUGUUAUCGCAUAUAGAAAUGUUUUGUAGGCAGAAAAAUGAUGUAGUCAUA